AACGUGAGCCGGAGGUGGAGGCGGAGCCAGAGGGAACUGAGGCCGAGGCGCCCCCCGCCCCGCGCCCCCCGCCCCCUACCCCGUCCCGUCCGUCCGGCGUCUGAGCUGGGCCAGAUCUCCCUGCAACCGUUCCUUUCAAUCACUGGAAGGGAACCUACCGGAUGAAUGGCAGCUGCCGAUGACUUAAAAUUUGAAGAAUUUGGCGAUGAGGCCAACCUGCUUCCGGCCCCACAGGAUGCCACGGUUGUGACCAUCGAGGAGCCUGGCCAGAAGCCCCCCACCCCGAGGGGCCUCCCAAGAGGCUCCGGGAGGGAGGAGGAUGAAGAACUCCUGAGCCACAGUGACUCAGAUAAGACGGAGCUCCUGGCCGGACAGAAGAGAAGCUCCCCCUUCUGGACAUUCGAAUACUACCAAACGUUCUUUGAUGUGGACACCUACCAGGUCUUCGACAGGAUAAAAGGCUCAGUUCUGCCCAUCCCUGGGAGAAACUUUGUCAGGCUGUAUAUCCGAAGCAAUCCAGAUCUCUACGGACCCUUCUGGAUAUGUGCCACCCUGGUCUUUGCCAUCGCCAUCAGUGGGAAUCUCUCCAACUUCCUUAUCCACUUGGGGGACAAGACUUUCCAUUAUGUACCAGAAUUCCGGAAAGUGUCCAUCGCAGCCACGGCCAUCUACGCCUACGCCUGGCUGGUCCCUCUCGGCCUCUGGGGUUUUCUUCUGUGGAGAAACAGCAAGGUGAUGAGUAUUGUCAGCUAUUCAUUCCUGGAGAUUGUGUGUGUCUACGGCUACUCGCUCUUCAUCUACAUCCCCACGGCGAUCCUGUGGAUCAUCCCCCAGAAGGCUGUGCGCUGGGUCCUGGUCAUGGUCGCCCUGGGCCUCUCAGGCUCUGUCCUGGUGAUGACGUUCUGGCCCGCCGUCCGAGACGAUAGUCGGAGAAUCGCCAUCGCCACCAUUGUGGCCAUCAUCCUGCUUCACACGCUCCUGUCUGUGGGCUGCUUGGCAUACUUCUUUGACGCCCCCGAGCUGGAUUAUCCUCCUGUGGUUACCCCUGCUCCUACUCAGAAGCAAACAGCCGGAACGGUCAAGGUCGGGUGAAGAGGAUCUUCCUGGGCUGGGUGACGAGGACUGUCUGCUGUCUUGUUUCCUGGAUUGAGGAAUAAUGGAAGCCCAAGACACAGGGAUGGACCCCCCUGCAGGCCCCGGGCUUCUGGAGGUCACCAUCCUGGAGACCAACCAGCCUGUGAAUAACUUCAAUGCUGUGCAGCCCCCACCACUGCCCCCUUCCCAGGAUGGGCUUUCUCUUCCUCCUCAUCUUUGGCAUCCUUGGCUGUCAUGGCUGGGCCUGGGUAUCUGUCCUGACAUCUGUCUCCCGCAGUCCUGUGACCUUGAUUGCUUGUUGGAGCUGUGUCCACAGCACGUGAAUUAUUUAUCAUUUUUGCUGGUGGGUGAGAAGCUCAGCAGUUCUGAACGCCUAAUGUCAUGUUCCUGCCCAGCAUCUCCAGGCCAGGGAGGGAGCUGGGGUCUCGCUUCCCUCUACUCCACUGGGGACUCUGAGGAGCUCACUGUAAGUCCAGCUCUUGUGGGACUGGGGCUGGGGUCUUGGGUGACCGGAUUCCAGGCCAUUGACUCAAACAGUGGUGCAAUAAAUACCUCACAGAAUG